AUGGAGGUCCCGGCUCCGCCGAGCGCGCCGGCGCGGCGGAUCAUUUGUAAGCCAGUGAACGAUGGAGAUUGGCUGAUGAAGCGGGACUUGCCGAAGUUGCACAAGGACUUCUAUCUCAAGCAUCCAGAUCCCUCAUUGCAAAACGAGAGAUUUUGCUUUGGCAAUUUGGAGGAAGCACAUCCUGUGGUGGGGAAGAGAUCCCUGGAAGAAGCGGAGGAGUAUCGGAAGUCGAAGGGCAUCAUGGUACAGGCGGUGCGCGGCCGCGCCGCGCCGAAGCCCUUUCAGACCUUUCAAGAGACCUCUUUCCCGCCCUUCGUGGAAGAAUUGGCCAUGGAGCUCUUCAGUACGGAGAACUCCAAUGCGUUGCCCUUCCCCAUCCAAGCGCAGGCCUGGCCCUGCGCGUUGGCUGGCUUUGAUGUGAUCGCCGUUGCACCCACAGGUAGCGGCAAGACGCUGGGCUUUCUGCUACCUGCCUUGGUCCACAUCAUGGCGCAGCCGCAGCUGCAGCCGGGUGAGGGACCCAUCGCGCUGGUCUUGGAACCCACGCGAGAACUGGCGGUGCAAACGCAUGAGGUGGCACAACAGUUCUGUGAUCGGACCAGCGGCGAAGACCGCCUUCGGGCAGGCGUCAUCUUCGGCGGCGUGGCGGCUCAGCAGCAGACGCCCAUGGAGGCCGAGCCGGACUUCGGCCGCUGGCCGGAGGUCUUGGUGGCCACGCCUGGACGGCUCUUGGAGCUGAUCAGCAUGAAGCGUUGGAUCAGCGCCAAGCGCAUCAGCUAUGUGGUCUUGGAUGAAGCGGAUCAUAUGCUGUCCACAGGAACUUGGCUGAUCCACAUCAAGGAAUUGUUGAAGCUGAUGCGACCAGAUCGACAGAUGUUGAUGUUCAGCGCCACCUGGCCACAGGAUGCUGAAAAGGCCGCAUCGGAUCUGUGUGGUGAAGAAUUGAUGAAGAUCCGUGUCAAUCCCGCUGUACCGAACAUUCCACAAGAAGUGAAACUGUUUUUUGGGAGCUAUGAUGGCUCUCAUGACAAGAAGAUCUUUGGCCCGGAAUCGGCCCGUUGUUUGUUGGGUUUGUUGAUGACCAGGAUGGCUGAAUUGGUCCGCUGGAUCAAAGAGGAGUUGCGCGAAGACGAGUCCAUCUUAGUCUUCGUGCACAACCCGCGUUUCGUGCAGCAGAUCGUAGGUCACCGGGCAUUGCGAGAGGCCUUGAGGAACGACGCGAAUGGCGGCAUUGCGGUGCUGGAUCAUUCGCAACCCCAUGAGGAGCAGCGGGCGCAGUACUUGAGUUUCGUGCGCGGCAAGGCGAAGAUGUUGGUGUCGACCUUUUCCUUGGCAGGCCGUGGCCUGGAUUUCCAUGACGCCGACACUGCGCUGUCCCUGGCGGUGUUCCUCUUCGAUUUCCCCAACAGCAUCGGUGACUACGCCAACUGCAUCGGCCGCACCGCGCGUCCCGGGCAGCGCGGGGGACGGGUCGUGGCCUUUCUGCCGGAGGGGCGCUUUUGGAUCGCCGGGGAGUUGAUCGCCCUGUUGGAGCACUGUGGGCAGAAGGUUCCUGAAGCCUUGGAGAACCUCAACAAGCAAGACCAAGAGUUCCUCUCACAGAUGAAGGCUGGCAUGCUUCAGCUCCUGAAUGACGGUGAUUUAGCCGCCGACGAGCUGUGUGGGGGCCACUACGACAAGGAGAAGAAGAUCUGGAGCCUGCCCAGGGGUAUCCCAUCGUAUCGCAGGAAGUUGGUCCAUCUAUUGGGUGAUGAGUUGGGUGUGCCCCACGUAUCGCAUGGGGACGGGGCGGAGCGAAAGCUGUACAUUUCCAAGGACCGCGACGCCUUGCCCGACAAAUACUUCGUGGAGGGGGAACCGGUGGUGAUCCUCCACCACCUCAGAGGACAGCAGACAGGAACGGUGGCGAAUCCGCAUGUGAACUGGAGGCAGCGCACCAUUCAGAUCUACAUUUCGAAUCCGGCCGUUGGCGAACAUCCGGUGGACGUGCCGGUGGAGAUCGUCUGGCCCGAGGGGAAACAGCCUGCCGAGGUGCCGGGACUCGCCAGGUAUCCUGCGGAAAGGCUGCGCUAUGAACGCGACUUUUACAACCGAGGAUACCGAUCUGACCGAGAUCAAAGGCCGUGGAAGCCCACGGGAGGCUAUGGUGCGCAGAACCGGGGAGGAUAUUCCAAUGGAUCCAAUGGCGGUUAUGGGGAGCGUGGGGAGCGCCGCGAUGCUUGGAGACGAAGACGAGGAGUGGCCUCCGAGGUGGGUCGUGGACUCGCUGGAGGUAGAUUGGGAUUUCGGCUGGCCAUUUCUCCCAUCGGAAUGUCGGAUCAGCCAUAUCAGUCGCUGAACGCGGGCUCGCGCUCCAAACUCUCCAUGGUCUAUGGCGUGAAUGACUAUGAAGAGAUGCUUCGCGAGAAGAUGGCAGAGAACUCCGAGAUUGCUCAGCUGAAAGCGUUGUCCCCUGACCAGCAGGGGCCAUCCGCAUCAGCUACUGAUGGGAUGCUGAAGUCAGGCACUGAAGCAGAUGGGAAGAGCAAGAAGGGCAAGAGGGAAUUCCCAACCCCCAACAAGCCAGACCCUAUGCCAAGGGAACUUGAGUUCCUUUUCACUCGCAUAAGCCCGGAACAGAUGCUAUAUAUGUGGAACGUGUACACCGCUUUGUUCUGCAGUCAGUGUGCUUGCGUCUUGGCAUACUGCUUCAUGCUUUCUCAGGAUGUGGAUUGGUACCUUGCCACCGCACUCUUCGGAGUGCCAAUGGCAGGGCUCAUGAUCCAGAAUGUCUACAUUUUGCAUGACGUCUUGCACGGGGCUACCUUCCCGCCUUAUGAGUGGCAGAAGUACAUCACUCACUGCUGGGCCGAUCAGUUUUCAUUGCCCUGGGAGGAGGUUGUUCUGGAGCACCAGAGGCACCAUGCCAGCACUGUGGACCUUUUGGUUCAUGGAGAGUUUGGCUGGGACCCAGCAGGAUGGCUCUACGUCUUGCAGGAGUGGACUGACAAGUGGUAUGGAUGGUUGACUGUGCCCUUGGUUCCGGUUUGGCAUUGGAUUGGUGCCAAUGACACUGGUGCUCUCUUUGCCAUGCUGUGGUACUCCAAUUUCCCAGAUCAGGGCGCUGGUGGCAAGUGCAACAAAGAUUUCUGGGCGAAGUGGAUACCUAACAGAAUCCGCCACUGCCUAUUUGUAGCCUCCCUUUGGACCUGCGUGUGGCUCUUGGGAACUUGGCCUUUGGGAAGGCCUCUGUCUGAGGGCUGGCGAUUCUUCGUCCCUGUGACUGUGGCCUGCCGCACUGGCUUCACCAUUGCUUGGACCUUCUUCACCAACUUCAACCACUCGCAUUGGUGGAAUGAGUUCCUGGCCUUGAACCCCAACCGCAGCUACCCCAUCCUCUCCAGGGUCAUGGCAUGCCUGCUGGGUGGCCGCCACAGGUUCAACGAGAUGCUCUUCCAUGAUCUUCACCAUGCAUUCCCCAACGCCGUGGGCGCGUUGAGCCAACGUGGCCGAUUCCAUGGCUGGGAGAAGGUGCAUGAUGCAGCCGUGGAUGUGCUGAGCCGUGGCCUCUUCUUGCCCCAGGCAGAUGGAAAUCAGGAGCCACCCAUGCAGAAGCUCCAGCAGAAGCGAUCCUUGUUGGCAAAGUCGGGUGGGACCAACCACUUGAGCAGCUGA